GUUAGUUACCCUGGUACCCCAUCCCCGAGAGACUUAGUCAGGAUCAGCGCGUCGAUCAGUCGACAUCCAUUUCCAGUGCGGAUACACGCAAGUGAACGCGGCCAUUCGACGGACUUAUUGAGAAAAGAGAAGCUCGCGGUUGGGCCCGACGGGCCUGGACCCCGAGCCAAAAUUCCAGGAUUCAAUGGACCCGUUCCAGAGCGGGAAUCUUUUCUACGAAUGUAUGUUCAGUGUUUGUCUAUGUGCUCCGUUUCAUGAUCGUCGAGUGAGUUGCAAUUAGGCGGGAUAGAACAAAAUAUUGUGAGAUUUGUCAGGAGGAAGGACAGCCGAUAUCGUUUUUACGAAGGGCUUAGUGAGGUGCGGUAGUGAGAUUUACAAUAUUCGGUGUCGGACUAAACUCGUCGGGACUAUUUUGCGGAGGUUUGUUUCGGCUGAGAUGACGGUUACCACUAAUUUCUCGAUGAUGCGACCAUGUUUCACUGGAUAUUCCUUUCAAGUUAUGGAAGCGAUAAAAGGAGGAAGUGUAUCGCUUGUUGCAGACAUAGGAUCGAUACCGGGCCAAGGCCGUGUAAAUCAGCUCGGUGGUAUCUUCAUCAACGGACGACCGCUGCCUAAUCAUAUCAGGUUGAAGAUCGUCGAGAUGGCCGCCGCGGGGGUCAGGCCGUGCGUUAUAUCGAGACAAUUGAGGGUGUCCCAUGGAUGCGUGUCGAAGAUUUUAAAUCGCUAUCAGGAAACUGGUAGCAUCAGACCCGGAGUCAUCGGCGGCAGCAAACCACGUGUGGCUACACCGGAAGUGGAGGCGAGAAUCGAGGAAUACAAGCGCGACAACCCGGGUAUGUUCUCAUGGGAAAUCAGGGAUCGACUGAUCAAAGAGGGCAUCUGCGAACGGACCAGCGCUCCGAGUGUGUCCGCGAUUUCACGACUACUCAGGGGUCGCGAUUCCGAAGACGACGUUAAACUAGGUGACGGGAAAGCAAGUUCUGGAUCCGAUUGCGAGAGCGAACCGGGGAUCCCGCUGAAGAGGAAGCAGCGCAGAAGCAGGACCACCUUCACAGCUCACCAGCUGGAUGAGUUGGAACGGGCAUUCGAGAAGACUCAAUACCCUGACAUAUACGUCAGAGAGGAACUCGCUCAGAGAACGAGAUUGUCCGAAGCCAGGAUUCAAGUGUGGUUCAGCAAUAGAAGAGCUAGAUUGAGAAAACAUAUCUCCUCGUCGACGUCUGCUGGAUACGUCGGUUCCGUAGCCUAUCCGACCGGCUACGUUAUUCAUCCACCGGGACCGCCUCAUCCUCACCCAGGAGCAGCCAUGCCGCCGGGUCAUCCACAUCCACAUUCGCAUCCGCAUCCUCAGAGUCUGCCAGACACGGCAUUCUCUUCCGGCCAAGUUUCAGAAUUGUAUUCAUCUCAUCAUGCAUCAGUGACUCAUCAAUUGGCGGACUCCGCGACACGACUACCCUCGACCGUUGGCUCGACUUCGACUUACAGUUUUCCGGCCACGGUGACGUAUCCCAAUUUAUCGGUAUUGUCGCCGGCCUCGUCGACAACCGCUCAUAUGGCUCACCAAGCGGUCUCCACGUCGUCCAGCUAUCAGCAAACAAGUAAUCAUCAGCUACCACCGACUCCGAACUCUCUCGUCACCAUGAUGGGACCGAACUCGGGCAACUCGACAUCAGCUCCCGAUCAAUUAGCCUCAUCGGAACUGCCGAUCAGUUCGGUUUCACCUCCUCAGCAGCAGCCACAGCCACAGCCACAGCAACAACAAACCCAACAACAGACCAGUCAAGGAACCACAUCGCCAUCAUGGAAUCUCGCGAUUACCGCCAGUGGCAGUAGAGUCAAUCUACCGAGUCCGCCAACGAGUCUGCAGCAACAUCAUGCCUACAGCACUCAUCCUCACCCUCAAGCUUUUGCUAGCCCUUACACGGCACAGAGCUUUCAGCAACCACCUAGGCCACCGCCACAAUCCUUCUGGUAUUAAAGUAUGAUCUUAUGGUUAUUGACUUUUUUAAACUUGUAAAAAUUAGCUGGUUAACUUUUACGUCAUUAAAAAAAGUCAUUAAAAACAAGAGCAUAGAAAAGGCGAUGAUAGAUUUCAAUUGUUUUGCUGAGCCUAUUUGAAAAAUAUCUUCGGAUUUUAAUAAUUUAAUCUGAUUACAUGAUUACAGAAUAUAAUGUUGAUAUCGCUAUUUGCAUGUGACAAUUUACACUAAUAGCUAGAUAGGUAGAUUUAGUCUUAUUGAGAAUUCAUAACAUACAAGCAAAAUAUUAAAAGGAUAAGUUAAUGUAUUAAGAUAAUUUAGGCUGAAUUGUUUUCUUAGGAAGGAACAGAUGUAUAUACAUAUAAAUUACACAUGUUAUAUACAUAUAUAGAUACAAAUAGCUAGAUAUAAGAAUUGUAAUUGAACUUUACAAUGUAAAAUAUGUACAAAUGAGUUUCGAAACGUUUCAUCGAUCAUUUAUGUUUUUAUAGAACA